AGCCUGUCUAUUCAGUUUCGUCGGUGUUCAUUGGUCUGCAUUACUGAUCAGAUGGAUGAGUGGAUAUACAGGCAUCAAUAGGGGGAGAUACAAACUUAGUUGUCCCGAAGAUGUACUGAGAUCAAGCAAGAGAAGGGGUGUGAGAUGCCACAAGUGAGAAUGUAUGGAGUGAUGGAUAGCCUGACACUGGGUGUGCCAGUACUCAAAAAACCCACACAUAGAGUGUAUGAUGGAUUCACCACGACCAAGGGCACUGACUUUCGUGUGAGAGUGACGAACUCUGUGAACAUGUCUGAGGCAAAAUUUGAGUGUGACUGGAAACUCCAGAGAUGCUUGAUGUUUAACAGCCAGGUACAACAUAAGAUCAGCACUUUUAAAGGCAGCUCCCCAUCUCCAAGUGUGCUGACAUCCAGAAUGGCUCGCCAUAUCCUUGCUGAGAUGAUGGAAAUAGGCUGGGACAAAGUGGACACUAUUGACGAGACAUUUCAAGAACUAACUCUGAAGCUUCAUGAUACAGUCGGGAGGAAACAUAGUCUUCUUCUUAACCUCAAUCAUCAGAAAGAAGCAACAGAAAUGUGCACUGUUAAUUUACCCAUACCCACAGACUUCAUCAUCAAUCAAGAUGAACAGGUUUCUCUACAAGAUUUAAUGAAUCAGUUUCGAAACAUGGUCAAAAGAUGUGAAGAUUUCUGGGAGAUGAUGUCUGAGAUUGAUCAAAACACAUGGGUGUUAGAACCAGAGAAACCAAGCCCAAGUGACUGUCAUCGAAGAUUGGCUCUAGGUCCAAGUGCAUCUCUACACAUCAAAGUUGAUGCAGCACAACCCAGAUUACUACCACAGUGCAGUUUUUUAGGAGCAGAUCAAGUUGUGGCUCCUUCAAGAGAGAGACUCAACCAAAAUGUGCACAAAUGGGAUGUUCACUGCAGUCUCUUAGAAAAUCUUCAGACAGUGCUUGAAACAACCUUGCCAUCACCCAAGAACUCCAGUAGAGAGAAAUUCAACCUUGAGUGUGGUAUUUGCUACUCCUACAGACUUGGUGAAGAGAUUCCUGACAAAGUGUGUGAUGAUCGGUGUUGUGAGCAGACCUUCCAUCAUCAGUGUCUGUGUGAGUGGCUACGGGUUUUGCCAUCCAGCCGACAGAGCUUCAACAGGAUCUAUGGAGAGUGCCCUUUCUGUAGCAAACCAAUCACAGUCAAGAUAGAUGUGUCUGUUUGAUGAGUGAUGUAUUCAGAACCUCAACCUUUUUUGUGAAGCAACUACAGACGAUCCAUGAGAUUGAUACUACUAUCAUGGAACUGUUCUGGGUGAACAAUACCUUCCAAAUGGCGUGCUGGUUUUCUUGGGGAAUUAGUCAGCAAAGAGCCAGAGUCACAGGAGACUAAUCACAAUUUUAUUUACAAGAAC